CACCCGCUGCCCUUCCUCUGGACUCCCUGGAGCCUGGCUGCAGUUCAGUUUCCGGCUCGGAUGGACCUCCCGUCCUGUAGAGCCCGGGGGCGGUUGGUGACUGUGCCUGGUUGAAGUGAGGGUAGCCGUCAAGGGGGCAAUGACUCCAGGUUGCCCUGUCAUGCUGCUUCCUCGUGUUUGCUUAUUGGAUUAUCGUCCCUCUCCUCCUCAAAUAUGGGUAGGGGGAAGAUAACCCUAAGGACUGUGAGAUAGUCUGGGUUGGUGUCACUGUGUGGCUUUGGGAAAUCAGGGGUUAGUACACUGUGGGGCAGACAGGGGACUCUGAUUAGAGGUGGGGUGUUCAUUCCAGGAGGUGAGAGGGAGGCUCCAGGGGAAGAGAAAACGACUAGAGGCUGUAUUAAACCAAGAUGUGGGGGUGUUUCCUACAGAAGCUGUCCAGUGCCCAGGGCUGGGGCCUUGCACCUGCACCCUUAAGGCCUUAUUGGAAGGUGGGAGGGACUGAUGGAGUUUACUCUCUGCUUGCCAGCUGUCAGAGGGCCAGGGUAUCACAGGCUCAGUCCCGAGGCUAGGGACUUGGUCAGAAGUGAUUCAGCCCUCUUCCUUAAGCAAGAUCUCCCAAGUCCAGGAUGUGGCAGACUCUUCACACUCUGGCCCUCUUUCACUACAAAAUCUCUCUCUUGGCUGCCAAGAGUUGGUCACCUGUUUUUACAAGUCUUCUGUGGUGGUAAAGUCACACUCUCACUUUCUUCCUCUUCUUCUUGUUUUUUAGAGAAAGGGGUUCUUUGUGUAACAGCUGUUCUGGAACUCACUCUAUAGACUAUGCUGGCCUUGAACUCAAGAGAUCUGCCUGUCUCUCCCUCCCGAGUGCUGGGGUUAAGGCUUGCCCCACUAUAUCUGGUUUCAUUUUCUCUUUUUCUUUUAUCUUUCAUUCUUUCUUUUUUUUUUUUUUGAGGUACGAUCUCACUAUGUAGCUUUACAUGUCUUGGAACAGAUAUCUGCCUAACUUUGCCUCCAGAGUGCUGGGAUGAAAAGUGUAUGCCACUUCAGGACAGCCAGGACUGUUACACAGAAACCCUGUCUCCAAAAAAAAAAAAAAAAAAAAAAAGUAUAAGCCACCAUAUUCAGCUAACCCUCACUUCUCCAACUGGCUCCAUCCAGGGAUUCAGGCUUUCCCCAGAAUUUCUACUUCCUGAGUCUGCCUCAUCCCAUCCCAGUGGCCACGGACCAUCCCUGUCCCAAUGCCUUGCCUUCUGUUCACUUUCCUACUUGGUGCAAGGAGGCCCCAAGCCCUCUGUCUUCACCCUCUGACACACCUUCAUCCUUCCUCCCCUUUCUUCUGACCUUCCCUUGGCUUCUCAGUACCUACUAGAACCAAGAAUUGCUCCUAUGGCCAGCCCUGGGCAGCCUGGGCCUGGGGAGGGCCAGGAGGAAGAGGAGACAAAGGGAAUCUCGGCAGGACAUGGUGCCGAGGUGCUGCAGCAGGCCCAGGAGCUCUUUCUACUGUGUGACAAGGAUGCUAAGGGCUUCAUCACUAGGCAGGACUUGCAGGGCCUGCAGAGUGACCUUCCCCUAACUCCUGAGCAGCUGGAGGCUGUGUUCGAAAGUCUGGACCAGGCCCACACUGGCUUCCUCACAGCCCGGGAGUUCUGUCUAGGCCUGGGAAAGUUUGUGGGGGUGGAGUCGGCCCAAGGUGGGUCCUCCUUGAGGACUCCUGAGGAAACCUUUGAGUCAAGCACAGGAGGCUCUCUGGAGGAGGACGACGAUGCUGAGACAUUCUGCACUUCCUUAGAGAAGCUGGGAGUGGCCCGGGUCCUGGGCGAGCAAUGGGCUGUGAGGACACUCUGGGUUCGGCUGCAGCGCGAGCGACCCGAGCUGUUGGGCUCUCUGGAGGAAGUUUUGAUGCGCGCGUCGGCCUGCCUGGAGGCUGCAGCCCGGGAACGCGACGGUUUGGAGCAGGCACUGCGGCGGCGGGAGAGUGAGCACGAGAGGGAGGUGCGCGGACUCUACGAAGAGCUGGAGCAGCAGAUGUGGGAGCAGCGACACCGCGGCCAGAGCCAGAAACUGUCCCGGGAGGAACAGAGGGGCCACCUGGAGCUGGAGCUGCAGACCCGCGAGCAGGAGCUGGAGCGCGCAGGCCUGCGGCAGCGGGAGCUGGAGCAGCAGCUGCAGGUCAGGACUGCAGAACAACUAGAGACACAGGCCCAGCACACCCAGCUGCGUAGGGCCUACGAGGUGCUAAGGGCACAGCUGGACCAGGCGCUAGAGCAGCUCAGCCGAUUGGAGGGCGAAGCACAGGGUCGUCAGGAGCAAACCCAAAGAGAUGUGGUUGCUGUCUCCAGGAACAUGCAGAAGGAGAAACUCAGCCUCCUAAGGCAGCUGGAGCUGCUGAGGGAACUGAAUCUGCGACUUCGAGACGAGAGGGAUGCCUGUGAGACUAAGCUGCUGGGCAGUAGCCACAGGAAGGCUCUAGCUAUUGCCCACAAGCCUGGACCCACCUACUGCUGCUGCUGCUGUGGCUGGGCUCGGCCCCCGAGACGAGGCUCUGGCCAUCUUCCCAGUGCCCGAUGACCAGCCCCAAAACACUCACCAGACCUUCCUUAUCUAGAAGGGGACUGGUUGUGGGUGGCAGUUGCCUGAUAGGUAUGUGGCUCUAGCCAGAAAGCAUCACCUGCCUGGAGGAACUGAGCUCUGAAUGGUCAAAGUCUUCAGUUUCCACGCUGUCUUCGUCUCUGUUUAGCUGACCAAUAAAGGCCACUGGCCACUGUG